UGUCAUACCCAACGUUAUGCACUUGGCACUGUCGACUAUAAAGCCUUGGCCUGCGUUUCCCCAGGAUUCCAACUUGCCUGGCGCACCGCUUACUGCCGCUAUCACUCCCAGAAUAACCUUACUCGCCCCCACAUAUAAAUAUCCAGUCACAAUGCCCCCCUUCAACGGCAUCUCUGUCCAGAUGACCGCGUACAUGGACCCCAAAGAUCUCCCGCAGUUCUGGGAACUAUUCGGCCCCGUCUUCGAGAAGGUCAUCGCGGAGCCGCACUGUACGUUCUUCGAGGUGUAUCAGUCCCCCGAGGAUCCGGGGGCGAUUUCUUGGAUUGAGAACUGGUCCGAAUCAAAGGAAUGGCUAGUUAAGAUCAACAAGCCGUACUACGCCAAGUAUCGCGAAAUCAUGACGCCCAAAUUCCUGAAGCCGCUGGAGAUCAAGGUGCUGGAAAAGGUCGGGCCGCAGUUUACGUACUUUAAGCGGGAGAAUGGGGGAUUGCGCGAGUAAGAUGGUUUACCUGCAAGGAUUCUUGAGUAGAAUGGUAAAGUCUACGUGGCAGUUGCGUAUUAUGCUCUUUUAAAAUGCUAGUCAUGGGCAAGAUAAAGAAAACAUUGGUUGUGAUGGUUUGCAG